AUGAUGUGGAAAAUCUUUGUAGAGAUCCUCUGCCUGACUCUGGUGUCGGCCUCGUGCCCAAAGGACUGCCAUUGUCCCCUUGAAGGCCCCACAUGUGCAGCCGGAGUCAGACUCAUGCUGGACGGUUGUGGAUGCUGUAGGGCUUGUGUUCGGCAGCUUUUUGAAGACUGCAGCACCUCGCAGCCAUGCGACCACACGAAGGGACUGGAGUGCAACUUUGGAGGUGGAUGUGAUUCUGCUAAAGGCAUCUGUCGAGCUAAAUCAGAUGGAAGAACUUGCGAGUAUAACAACAGGAUUUACCAGAAUGGAGAGAUCUUCCGUCUGAACUGCAAACACCAGUGCACUUGCAUGGACGGCGCUGUGGGAUGUGUCUCUUUGUGCCCUCGUGAGCUCAUGCUGCCCAAACUGGGUUGUGCCAAACCCGACAGGGUCAAGGUGCCGGGACGCUGCUGUGAACAGCUAGUCUGCCCAGAGGAAGCAAAGCCAGAGAUUUCUCUGAGGAAGAAGCACAGAAAGAAUGACGGCAAAUACAGAACGUCUGAAAACGACUUAACCAACCAGUAUGAGCUGGCGCCUGUGUGGAGAGGAGAAUCUGGGCUUACAGCUGCGUUCAGGAGUCACCCAGUGAGCCACAUCUCCGCCAGAGGAUUCAAGUGUGUGUCUCACACCACAGCCUGGUCCGCCUGCUCCAAAUCCAGUGGCACCGGCGUGUCCACCAGGCUGACCAACAACAAUCCUCAGUGCAAACUCAUGGAAGAGACACGCAUCUGUAAAGUUCGCCCGCGCAACCAAAGGACCUCCGUCAGAUUGAAGAAAGGUCAGAAGUGCAACCACAUGGAAAAGGCCGGCCGCCGUGUAAAACUGUCCCACGCAGGUUGCCAUAGCCUGAAAAAGUACCAGCCCAGAUACUGCGGGUCGUGCUCACAGGGGCUGAGAUGCUGCCGGCCGCAUCGGACUCAGACGCUACCCGUGAGCUUCAGAUGCCAAAAUGGAGAAUCCUUCAGCAGGAUGGUGAUGAUGAUCCAGUCUUGCAGGUGUAACUGCUCCGCCAGCAGUGACGAAAAGACACCUGCCCGCCACAGACUUUUCAAUGAUUUACAUUAA